AUGGGUAAGAAGAAACUUUCCCUCAAACCCGUGAAUCGUGGCUUUGCAACCACCUCAGUCCAGUCCAGAAAGGCAAAGCAAGAUGCGUCCACGAAGGCGGACACACAGAACGGGAACUCCAAUGCACCACAGAACGACACUCCGACUCGAGAGAAUCAGCCCGUUAAGUCUGCGGGCCAGGACGGCCAGCCACCUUCCGAUGCCGCAGCUACCCCAGCAAUGACUAUUGCGGACGACUGGGACAGCGAGCAGGCGAUUGAUGAUGCUCUCUAUCAAGGCCUCGUGGAGCGCCUACAGGAGAAGGCAGACAAGGAGGUCACACGUCUCGUCAAGUCUCUCGACCAGGAAAAGCGGUUCGCUGCUUCAUUCCCACCCCUGCGAAUCAACGACAACGUCCGCGAUCAAGUUGUCCAGUAUGCCAAGGAGGAUCUCUGUGGAGAGGGCUCUGCAGUGAAGCCCUGGGCUCCUGCAACCUCCGUGGUCGAUAGCGACAAGAUUCUUCUGCGGACCGAAGACGAAUGCCGUGGUGUUGGCGAGUUUGUCUCUACCAACCUAUCCAAGCCGCUCAUGGACGAACCGCUCAUCGACGUGGCUCCAGAAGCACCUCCUUUGAGCUCCGAAGCCGCGCCUGACAAUAAGUUCUUGACUGUGACCACACCCAACAGGUCCGAGAGCACUUCAGCUCCUGAAGGCGGAUCGCUGUUCCAGAGCCUCGAGGCUGACCAAUCCGACUCUUCUUCCGAAUCCGAGGACGAACUGAACAUGAACAAGACGAACGAAUCUUGGGCGAUGCUCAUGUUAGAACUUGAGAACCUCAAAGCGGCUGCUGGCACAGUCAAAGGCAAAGGCAAGAAGUCAAAGAACCAGAUUGCCAUGGAGACGCCCGAGAUGGUCAAGAUCAGGAACAAGACCAACCGCCUGGAGAAGGAGUAUAUGUUCAGCAAGAAGGAUGCCGAUGCCCUGUUAAAGGUCAUGAGGUCGAAGCGGGACAUGAAACGCCUUGAGGCGAAACUGAAGAACAUUCGCCCACCUUCAACGACAAACUCCGUCACGCCAGCUGAGACACCUCCUUCCACUUCGGCUCUGGACUCAUUUGUUUCGGACGACGGGGAUGAAGAGGGAAGCCUAUUCGGGAACAUGCUGGACGAACCGGAAGGGCAUGUCGAGGUUGAGCAGGUCGCAAACUCGGUCAUCAACGUGCUUUCGUUGCCAGUCCCUAAGCAGUUCGCCUUAGUGGGCAACACUGCGAAGAAUCUUUUGCGGACUACGACUUCAAAGUCCUCGCGUCCGGCGGUCAUCUCAUACGCCAGGCUGUCUCCGAACCCCCGCGUCGCCCGUGCUGGUCUGGAAAUCCGUUGGUCAUCCGAGAAGCGCCGAGUUUGGAGGAUGGAGGACAUUGCAUGCGAAAGCGUCGAGGAGGCGGAGAACUACGUCUCGACACUCGCUCUACAUGAUCUGGUUGUCUCUGGAGAUCUGCUUCCAUUCAACUGGCGGUCGAUGCCGCCUGCAUAUCGAGACCUGUGGGAUGAGCUCGAGCAGACGCACACAGGCAGAGAGUUGGCUGCGAAACGUGAGAUCUGGAAGAAGAUGAAGGCCCUGGUCGACAAGAAGACCUCCGGCAAGAUCGGUGCAGUGGGCAUUACAACAUCCAAGCGGACGUAUAUUUCGACCUCUGCGGUGGCGACACGACCGUCUCGCCCGGCCAACCAAGUAUACAUCGACAAUCUCCAGAAAAUGUACGAGAACCGGAUCGCCGCACCAGCGUACCAGAAGAUGCGCCAAGUCCGAGACUCACUCCCCAUUGCGCCCUUCCGACAGCAAAUCUUGGAGACGCUCGAGCGCACGCAGGUGCUCGUGUUCUCUGGUGAGACUGGAUGCGGCAAGUCUACGCAGCUUCCAGCCUUCAUCCUAGAGGAUCAGCUGUCCAAAGGAAAGCCGUGCAAGAUCUUCGUAACGGAGCCACGGCGAAUCAGCGCCAUAUCUCUCGCUCAGCGUGUGUCAGUGGAGUUGGGCGAGUCUCCUGGGGCGAUGGGCAACGCGUCUUCAUUGGUCGGAUACUCGAUCCGCCUAGAGGCGAAGAUGUCGCCCAGCACUCGCCUCGCGUUCGUGACAAACGGUAUUGCUCUUCGCAUGCUAGAGGGCGGCAGUGGCUCGUCAUUCGACGAGGUUACUCAUAUUGUUGUCGAUGAGGUGCACGAACGUUCAAUCGAGUCCGACUUUCUCCUCAUAGUCCUCAAGCAGCUCCUCGAGGUGCGCAAGGAUCUGAAGGUCGUCCUCAUGUCGGCCACUGUGGAUGCUGAGAAGAUCUCAGACUUUUUCGGAGGCUGCCCAGCCAUGCAGGUGCCGGGCCGCACGUUUCCUGUGCAGGUCCAGUAUCUCGAGGACGCCGUCGAGGUCGCGGGGUGGCACAUAGACGAGUCGUCGCCUUACGCUGUCUGGGACCGCAACCGUAAGACGGGAGCUAAGAAGCUUGAGUGGACAGAGGAGGCAGCAGAAACAGCCGAGGACGCAGAGGAGGACGAGGACAAGCCUGCGGACCCUACGAAGCUGUCGUCGUCAACGUACUCUGCCCGCACAGUCGCAACAGUAAACCUUCUCGAUUCGCGAAAAAUUCCCUACGAUCUCAUCGUCCGGCUUCUGGAGCGCAUCUGCUUCGAGGACCCUAACCUCCAGCCGUUCUCGGCUGCCAGUCUCGUCUUCAUGCCGGGUUUGGCGGAAAUUCGAAAGCUGCACGAGGAGUUGCAGAGUCAUCCGCACUUUGGGACCAGAGAAUUUGCCAUCUAUCCGCUUCACUCCUCUAUCAGCUCCGAGGGUCAGAGCUCGGUGUUCGACCUUCCCCCACGCGGCGUGCGCAAGAUUGUUAUCUCAACCAACAUCGCUGAGACUGGUGUUACAAUCCCCGACAUCACUUGCGUCAUAGACAGUGGAAAGCAGCGAGAGAUGCGCUAUGAUGAGAAGCGUCAACUCUCCCGUCUUGUCGAGACCUACAUUGCCCGCAGCAACGCCAAACAGCGCCGUGGACGUGCUGGCCGUGUUCAGGAGGGCUUGGCAUUCCAUCUCUUCACCAAGGCUCGGCACGACAACCAACUGGCGGAGCACCCCAUUCCAGAGAUGCUUCGACUAUCUCUACAAGAUCUUGCCCUGCGGAUCAAGAUUCUCAAGGUCAAGAUGGGUGACACAGUUGAGGAGGUUCUCAUGCGCGCGCUCGACCCGCCGUCUGCAACUAACAUCCAACGUGCAGUGUCGGCUUUGGUCGAAGUCAAGGCCCUCACACCUGACGAGGAGAUCACCCCAAUGGGAAGGCUUCUGAGCAAGCUGCCUAUGGACGUCCAUCUCGGCAAGUUCCUCUUAGUCGCUGCUCUCUUCCGAUGCUUGGACCCGGCUCUCACCAUUGCGGCCACUCUCAACUCUAAGAGCCCCUUUAUUACGCCAUUCGGGUUUGAAAAUCAAGCCACUGCCGCGAAGAAGAGCUUCUCCGUUGGUAACAACGAUUUCUUCACGAUUGUCAACGUGUUUGAUACAUGGCGCCGUGCCCACGACAACGCAAGCUUUGUUAGGACAUUUUGCAAGCGCAACUACGUCUCGCACCAAAACCUGCAGCAGAUUGAGGAACUCCGGCAGCAGCUCAUGGCGUACCUCAUUGACUCAAGCUUUGUCGAGGUUACCCCGGAGCAGAAGCAGGAGAUUGCUCGUGCCCGAUACUCGCGAGGUUUCAAGACCCGUUUCGUGACCGUUCCACCACAACUGAACGAAAACGCAGCGAACGAGCGCAUUCUGAGCGCAGCUCUUGCUUCUGGCCUCUAUCCCAAGAUCCUGACCCUUGACGCUGCCGGUGGUUUACGCACAAUUUCCAAUCAGCAGCCUGUCUCGAUCCACCCAAGCUCUAUUAACUUUGGGUUGCCAAAGCGCGAGUUCGGCUCCAACAACUUGGUUUACUACACCCUCAUGCAGUCCAAGAAGCUGUACGCAUGGGAGACAGGACCCAUCGACGACCGCGCACUUGCAUUGCUCUGCGGCGACUUUGUUGACACGAAGCUCUCAGCUUCUUCAAUGCAGAUUGACCGUAAACUCCGUUUCCAGGUCGACCCCAGGUCGGCUCUCGCGCUCAAGCAUCUCCGUGACCAAUUGGCCUCGUCGAUGGCUACGCGCUUCCGUGGGCGCUCGCUCUCAGACCGGCAGUCCCAAUGGUUCGAACUUGCUCUAAAAUGCCUGGCGACCGGAGUGUAUGAGGAUCAGCAGACUGUGGUAGUAUCGUAG